GAAAUGAAGAAAUACAACGAGCCAAAAAGGUUUGUCCCAGAUAAACAUAGGCAGUUCAUGUUGUUACUGCACUGAUUUCGUCUGUAUAAGUAUGCGCAGGGAUACUUAUACAGACGAAAUCAGUGCAGUAACAAUAUGGUGAUUUGAAAUCACACUAAAUAUCCUAGUAUCCUCCUAUAGUCUUUGCGGCUUAGUGGAAAGUACUAGAAGCGCGGCUCAGGUACACAUAAUUGUAUAUAUAAAUAGACAAACACUCCGACAGCCUGGGAAGGAAACCUACACGAGCAGGUAUCCAGAGUCGGCUGGCUAGAAAACAGCUAAUAUACUAAAAUCUAUCCUUUGGCCCUUGCUUACUUCUUGAUGACGAUACGUGCAGCAAGUUCGUGAUGUCGAUUUCUGAUCCCACUAAAUUAUUUUGGUAUGGGGACUCUCCUCACCCACCAACCCGUUAUGCCCUGGCAUGAUAUUUUCUGCAUGCACUCUAAGUUAAUGGAGGUUAGGUACCAACAUCAACAUAGUAAGGGUCUAUCACGCACAAAUAACCUUAUUGAUGCUAAACCAUUCAUGUUAACCAACAACAUCUGAGAUACAGCCCCAUCAAACAACGGGAACAAUGGUCGUUGGUGCAACAUAUCUUAAACUCUGCAGUAUGAUCACUUACAAAUCUCGUUGAUGAUAUGCGCCCAUACGGCAAUUUUCUUGUGACCGAGAAACAUCCGCGUAGAACAAUGCUCACAAUGCCAUUGUGAGAAUCGUUUCCUAAAAGUCUGCAGUAUCAUCACCAUGGUAAUAGCUCUUGGCCAAGUAGGUUCAAUUUGAAGCCGUAGAUAUUAUGUUUUUGAUUUUGCUAGCGUUGUUCCUGUAGACCUCCAUUCAUUUUUAAAGAUCUUUUUGACUCCAGCUUUUCAAAAAAACACUAAAAGAUUCUUAGACAUCAUUCUGAUAAUAUACCUUCAUUAGAAGUCUUAGACCACUUACCAACACAACAUCAACGACUUUCGCUAGUACAUCUGCAUAACAUUUCAAACUCCAUAACAUCUAUACGGGUUCCUAAGAGUCUUCUUUACUCUUCCAAUUUUACAUUACAUUUGCAUCACUUGCUCAAUCACAGCAAGUCUUUGCACCAAACAUCAAAAUGUCUUUCUCAGACUUUCCCGAAGACAUGGAAUCUGAAUUCGCCAAUUACUUAGGCGAAGAUCCAUCGACGUUCCCAAACAAUGAGAACCUUGCCGCUUCCGCUCCAGUAGAUUCUGUAGGACAGUCAUCCUACAACUCAAGUGGAAGCUUCGACUGGAACCAAUUCCUUGAGGCUGAGGGAGUUGAGAGAUACUCAUCUCCUGAAAUCGACUGGGAAUGGGAUACCAGAGAGGGAAAUUUUGUCGGGGUUGGAAUUGGUCCGCCUUCAACGGUUGAUGAGGAUAGCUCCGAAGAGCCUGCACAGUCGUCAGGGCAAGAUCAAGGGGCCCAUACCAUUGUCGAAAGCGAAAAAACCAACGAGCAACCCGUUGCAACGACUUCCGAACCUGAAGCUCAACCGGAAGAAAACAUUCUCAACGAUGACUCUCUUUUCGGAGAAGGCAAUAUUGACGAUAAUGAAUCUCCAGUUCCAAAUACCGGAGAAAAUUUGAACGAUGAAACUGUUGCAGUCGACACCCAGCCUCAAGACCCUUCUAAACAAGAUCAGGAAGAGAAAGCAAAUAUUCCUGACGAUGAUUCCCUUUUCGGUAAUAGCACCUCUGACGAUAUUGAAGUCCCCAAGAUCAAUGAGGAACGUCAAUCCGAGGCCGCAGCACAAGGAGUUAACAGCACCCCUAAACUUGUGGCUAAUACACCACAACAUAGCGACAGUGCUACUUCUGCACUGAUUACUCCAGAUGUAGAUCUGAACAACGUCAACGCAGAUGUUGACAAUGAUUCUCUGUUUGGUGAGUCUGAUGAUAACUUUCAGUCCACCCAGGAGGCGUCUUCAAAGGGCAAUUUUAAGCUCCAAGCAGCUGUUUCAGCACAAGCCGUCGAUAAUAUACCUGCUGAAAUACCAUCAGAUGAUCUUGACGACCUUUUUGGCGACGAAUUUGGGGCCAAUUUCGAGGCGGAACUUGAGGCGGGAAUCAAGAAAGAUGGUGCCAAUGCUGUAGCUCCCGCCGCUCCAAAGAACACAGGCCUUCAUCUUCCAAAACUUCCUCGGAAGGUGUCCAAGCGCCAGGAACUACACCUUCCCGAUCCUCCACGCGCGAUAGCUAAUCCACAGGGGCUACACCUCCCUGAGCCCCCUCAAAAGUCGGCUGGUUCUCGAGGGCUGCAUCUCCCAGAUCCCCCGCUUGUGGUAGCUAGCUCACAGGAACCAAACUUUCCUGUCCCUCCUCCUCGUGUGCCGACCAAUCCUCGGGAAGUUAAUGUGUCAAAUUCACCUCCUGAGACAGUUACCCAGCAGAGCGGAGCUGACAUGUCGGCUCAAGCACAGAUGGAUGACCAAGAUGACCCUGAUUCAACCAGAAACCGCAGGGUCAGAGCUAGUAGAAUCCCGAAAUCGGACAUGAGUAGACCGAAAGGUAGAGGACAAGCAGGCAAAGUCCUUACCCAACUCUCUGGACCAGCUCCUUCUAAGUUGCAAGAAACUGAACCAAGCUCAUCUUCUGGGGCUGAUGAUACCGCUGAGAAACCCACGCGUUUGCCUCGAUGGGCAUUUGGAAAAUACGGUAGUUUUGGAAAGCCCGUAGCUGGAAGCAAAUAUCGGAAGCCUGAUAAUUCGGCAAAUAAUCCGAUACGCGUUGAAGAUGAGCCAGGAUCGGCUGAUAAGAUUGACGAAGUCAAUCCUGAGAAUCAGAAUGUUUCUCAACCAGCUCCGGAGAUUCCAGGCACUAUUGACCUCACAAAUGACACUGAGGAUCACAUAGCUGCGGGGAGUUCCAUUCAGGAUAAUCAAAACGUCAACCAUACUAAUGGUCAAGACUUCGCUCAGAGUUACGCAAACUUCCAGCCCCCUCUCUACGGUGAUCAGGAAUUUGGGCAAUCCGAAGGAAGCUUUCCAACUGCUCUCGAAUGGAGCUUCAUGCCAAUUGUAAAUGAUCCAAACCCGGCUUCGAAAUUGCAGACUCAUCAGUAUGAUCUUGCUUUGGCCCCAAAUAAUGCGCCAAUUGCAGUUCUCCAGCACCAGACUCUUCAGCAUCCUACGAUGGAGGGCAAUCCAAUUCAAGGCCACUCAAUUGCUGGAGGCAUUCCGUUUGUUGGCACCAAUGCCCAAUACCAAGUACAAGCACCUGAUGUACAUGGUACAAGUCGAACUGGUUUCUUUCUGAACAAUGUACAUCAGUCUCCAUAUUCCAUGGAUCAAACUGGCGUACAUCAUGCAGCAUCUAUUCCUCAGCCUAUACAGAAUGCUGACUAUGCAUAUGGCAACUACGAGGCAGCGAACUUGCAUGGUCAAGGUGGUGGCAUGGUUCAAUCAAACAUACCCACCCAGGUAGCCAUCCCAAGCAUGGGAAAGUCAUCCCAAAAUCCAGCCAUGUCCGCGAAUGAAGGAGAUAAAAUUUCCUCUGGGUUGAAUGAAAAUCGCCCCAAAAAACGUCACAGCCACGAACGUGCUGAAUUUGGUGAUCCUCGAGUAUUACUGACAUACAGCGAGUUCAAACAAAUCUUCCCAUUAGAACCAACACGUGGGUGCUUUGAAGUCGCCAUUCAGAAGGAACGGGCAGCGGACGCGGCAAUAAUUGCCCGGGGAGGAGUUCCUCAACAGCGGCCGACCAUACGUAAGGCAAUAAUUUGCACAUGGAGCCAGGUGCAACAUCUGAAUCGAAUUCGUUCUGCUACUGGCGAGAAGCUUUUUGAACUGAAGCCAAAGGCGCACAAACGCCCUGCAGCCCUCCUAGAGAGCAUGCGGAGGAAAAGAAAAGAACGUGGGGAAACCUCAGAAUCCGAGCAGUUUGAUAUGGAACCAGAACCAAAGCGAUUGAGACUCGCUCAAGAACCAACACAAAUGGCCCCAGCACCUCGUGAACAGUAUGGAGAGCGUACUUCACAGAUAACUUCCAUUCAGCCUGAUAAUGGUCAAAAAUCGGCUGAUGUGUCGCACCCUCCCUUUAAUCAAGGGAUUACUCAGGGCCUCUAUUCUCAAAAUAUUGGUCAAACUCCAUCGAUGCAGAUCCAUCAACCAGUGGCUCAGUCUUUCAAGAGAAAGUUAGCACCGGAGCAGUUGGAGAGCUUUGAGUCUAUGGAGCAAGAGAUGCGACCACAGGCCAAGCGACCGAGAAUCGCCCCGCAAAUGGGCCGCAAUAUGGAGCCAGAGAACAACCAAUCUUUGGCUAAAAGAUUUCAAGACUAUGUCUCACAGAGACAGUCUGAAUACCUAAAACUGCGAGUGCCAGAGUUAAGGCAGCUGUGUAGCACUCGCGAUUUGAAGCAUGGUCGCUUCAAUCAGCUGACGAAAGGCGGUCUGGUUGGUGUUUUGGUGGGACAGGAUGUAAGCCGUCAUCCUGUCUACAGUCAAAUUCACAAUCAAGCUCGGGCUGGAUUGGGAUAUCUAAUGCCUAGUAUUGACCAAAUGGGUGGAAUGAAUCCACCACCCAUCCCUAUGAAUCACGAUCAGCAACAAUUGCGAGCACCAAAUGGCUUUCCAAUGCCUCAAAAUCCAACAAGACCUACUCCAGGUCCUGUUUAUGGCAUGGGGGGCAACUACCAUAAGGAAGUUCCAUCGCCAUUUCUCCCUGUUGCUGGUCACAAUGCACAAGACCCUAUUGCUAUGGGAAAUGUCAACAAUGCUCAGCCGUCGAGGAAUGUUGGUCCCGCCCAACAGCCAUUGAUGAAUGCUAAUGUUCCUGGAUUGGCAAAUAGUCGUGGCCAACCAUUAACCAAUGCUAGACAGCCUCCAAUAAUCGGCCAGCCUAGUCACACCUCUAUGGCAAACCAGAGUAGGGGGAAUGUGUACCCUCAAUCACGACUGCCAGUCAGCGCUAACCACAAUGGUUACAACAACGGCGGCAUCCAGCAAAAUGUGAAUGGAGGUCGCAAUAACCAGGCAAACGCCAAUGCUCAGUUCCUAGCUCAUGGCAUCUAUGGUGGCUUUGGAAAUGGCGUCUAUCGACCAGCAGUUGAUGACCGCCGCAGGAAACCCAGAAUUCAGGGCCAAGAUGCACCGAGUAGCAUUCCUCAAGGUAGUCAGACAAUCUUGCCACGACCUGCGCCGAAAAACACUGGGGGUAGACUUGCAGGCUCCCAGCAGCCUAUGUUUAGCAGUGGAAAUCCUAACGGAGGCCACCAAGAAAAUACUCUUGGUGGCUCUCGGAUACCAAGACCCGUCCCCAGUGGAAACAUGACUGAUGAUCCCCGAAGGUUCAUAGUGGACCAUACUCACGGCAGCUUCUAUCCAGCUCCCAUGCACGGUCCUCCCCAGGGAGUCUAUCAGCAGCAUACUGCAGCCCCGAGAGAUCCACAGCCUUACCUUGGUCGGCCUCCUGGUAAUCCAUACAACGGACAGCCUCCUGGUCCUGCACCACCAGGUUGAGCCAAAGAUACGAUGCGAUUGAUCGGGCAUAGAGUAAGUCUUGGCCAGUGAGAGUAAUAAAAAAAGAGCAUGUUUGACAAUAGCUCUUGAAUCAUGUGCGGACUAACGAAUCUUGACAUGGCGGAUUUCGAAAUAUUUGGAUGGCGAGUGUCGGUAUAGCGAUUUGGUGGUUUCUUUUGGUCAUAAUUUUUGGCUACGAGUUUUGAUAUCUAUGUUAUCUAUAGGAGUUUAGUAUCUGUGUUGAGUUGUAUACCCCAUAAUGUCUUCGGUGUUUGGGCGUUUGUGUCGAAAAAACUUAUUGUCGGGAACA